AUGAGUACAUUGUUACAAGAUGUAUUACGCUCAAGCGCAGAUUCAAUUGCGAUAGAGAAGAAGCUGAACAGUAUCAGCUUACAGCACACGAAGUCUGCUAAUGGUCAUACCAAUACGAGCGAUGGUGAUUCGGACGACUCAGACGAGUGGGUCAAUGUGGUAUCAGUGCCGGGAACCCCAGCACGGACUAGACCGUCUUCACCGACCAAGAGUGGUGGAGGAGCACAUCUACGACCUUUGAAGGGACCAUUGCGUCUGUCAUCGUCGUCUUCGAGGGAUAUACUCAAAGCAUUUCCCACAGAAGUGUCUCAAGAGAUAUUUAGCAAGCUACCUAUCAGAGAUCUAGCGAAAUGCGCUUUGGUGUCGAAGAAGUGGAAUAGAAGUCAGACCAUAAAUUAUGUAUGGUUCCAACAUUAUAGAAAGGAGAAUUUUCACGAUGAUAGCUUACCGCCCGGCAAAUGGACUAAACGAGAAUCCAAACAGAAUUGGCGUAUAAUGCACCUCAAAACGAGUCGUGAACGCUCACCCUCAUAUACUUCUAGCCUCACAAGCUAUUCCCGUGGCUCCCGAUCGGGAUACGUUUCCCCAUCCUACAAUUCGGGCUACCAAACCCCCAGAGAGAUCCGGGAAGAGAGGUGGAGGCAAGAGGCGGAAGUAGCGGCGUCUCCCGGGAAGCUAGAGAUGCGUGCGAUGUACAAAGAACUCGGCGGAAGGAAGGCCCGGUCAAAGACGAAACUUGGAAGUACAGGGGUUAGAGACAAAGGCGGCUGGGCGGAAGACGGUGACGGUUGGUGA